AUGGCUUUCAACAAGAGCCGUUACUUGGGCAAGGCUGGGAUUGCUAUUGGGUCUCUGUCAUUGAAGAAGAAGUCCUCAGGUCAUGCUUGGGCAUCUACCAGUGAUUCUAAUGUCUCACGUUGUCCUUAUGGGUUGCCAGGCAUUCAGAUAUUACCUAGGAAAGACUUGACGACUCCUCUUGGGUCAUUUGUUCAGAUUGCAAUGCCCACUGGGGCUGAUUUGCAUGAGGCUGCUGCUACUGCUGAGGAUAGUUUAUCUGAGUCCUCUGGUGGUGACUCUGAGGAUUCUGGUGAUGUUUCUGCCAGUGAUGUCCUUCAGCCUUUGGUAUUUCCUGCAGAACAAGCUUCCCCAAAGAAGAGAUUAGACAAAAAGUUGGCCUUGUGGAGGAACUGGGCUCUGAAACUGAUCCCAGAACUAUUGGAUCCUUAUCUGGGCUUGUUAAGGGAGUCUGAAAAUUUAAAGAACAUAGAUAGAAGGUUACCUCAUUGUUCUUGUGAUGGGACUGGGCAUAAAAUGAAUGUUAUUGCUGUAUUUUUUGAUAAACUAGUUUCUGUGGAAGUUUGUUCCUGCUCUGCUGUUUUUCAGCUCUUGGCCAUGGGUUUGUUUCCUGCUUCACCCCUUCGACCAACAUUAGCUGUGGAUUUGAAUAUGCUGGACUUUGUUAAUGAGCUUUUUGUUUGUUCACCUCCAAACACUACUGCAUGGUGUGACUCACUUGAGGCAUUUCUGAGUUCUCGUACAUAUAAGCUUGAGAGUAGAGAUGCCAUAAGACAUCGCUUUGGAAAUGCACUACAGUGGUAUGGCAAUCUCAUUGCCCAGAAAGAACUUUUGAUCUCUGGGGUUAUAAAUGAGGGCUGUCUAAAAUACCUUGCAGAGGCUGGGUCUUCACUUGAAUCAGAUGAUAUAGAGGGAAACCAAAACUAUGAACCUCCCCCUUUGUCUAGUCCUACUUCAGUGGCAGAUGAGGCUAGUGAUGACUCUGAUGAGUCUCAUGAGAGUAAGAAUACUACAAAUGGUGAAUCAGAUCUUCAGCGUCCAAGUGAAUACUUGCGGAAACGGUGCCCUCUCUGUUUUGGUGGGGAUAAUCCACAUGACCCAAAUUUUAUGGCUGAUAUCAUUGUAUGCAUUGAUGCUUGUUUUACUCACAAGAGAAGAAACCCUGCAAAAGGUGGGGCAAAGGGACCUGAAAAUCUGCAUCCUGAUACAGUAUUUGUGCCUGAGAAAUAUGUAAGGGAGAUGAAGGCUUUAGUUGAGACAGUUUGA